UCUCUGCUGUCGAAAGCGCAGAGCCACCACUUCCAACUCCUCCCCCGUGCAUGAGCUUCCGCCACCGACCUCCGCCACAGCUUCCAUGCCAACUGCAUCCGCUUCCUCGUCCGAUCACAUUCUAGACCGCCUGGCCUCCUCCGAUGGAGAGGUGAAGCUUAAGGCCGUCAGAGAGGUGAAGAACCAGAUCAUCGGAAACCGCACCAAGAAGCUCUCGUACAUCAAGCUCGGUGCAGUCCCCGCCGUCACCGCUGCCAUCGCCGACGCCGACUCCGAUGACAGCCUUAUCGUCCAGUCCGCCGCAGCGCUUGGCAGCUUCGCCUGCGGCGUCGACGCCGGCGUCCGCGCUGUCCUCGACGCCGGAGCUUUUCCUCAUUUGAUCAGGCUCCUCUCCGCUUCGGAUGUGAAGGUUGUAGAUGCUGCUGCCAGAUCUUUACGAAUGAUUUAUCAAUCAAAACUAGCUCCGAAGUAUGAAUUUUUUAAAGAGGAGAACAUUGACUUUCUUCGUUCACUGUUGAAGAGUGAGAAUGAAAAUCUUACCGUACUUGGUGCAGGCAUUGUUAUUCAUUCUUGUGAGACAAAUGAUGAACAAAAUAAAUUAUGUUGUGCUGGCAUUUUGGAGAAGCUUAUUAGCCUUCUUGAUGGCUCUCUGAGUCAACGAGACGCUAGUUUAGAGUCCUUAGCUGCAAUCAUUAAAAACGACCCAGAAGUUAUCUCAAAGUUUGUUGACCUUCAUAGUGGAAGAGCAUUAAGUUCUGUAAUUGAAUUAACUAAGGACAGAUUUCCUCGGACAAGGUUAUUAGCUUGCUUGUGUUUGAUUUGUGUAAAGAAUUCUUCUUCCUGCUAUCUCCAAGACAUAGGAACCAAAACCAAAUUAGUGUACAUUUUGCUCGAGCUCCUUGAUGACUCUGGUCAAGUAGGAGAUGAAGCUUCUUUUGCUUUCUCAAGUUUGAUUGCAGAUAAAGAAGAUAUGCAUAAGUUAGCAUUUGAGGCAAAUGCUAUUGAUAAGUUCUGCAGUACCUUGCAAAAGCAUCCUUUACCUCCAAAGCGCCUUGAAGGUGUAUUUCUGGCCUUGGGUAAUCUUUGCUCAAAAUUAGAGUGUUGCAGGUCAAGUUUUAUUUCAUUGCAGGUAUUGGAUCUAGUAGUCGAUGCCUUAACCCAUGAUGACACCAUUGUACGUGCUGCAGCUUGUGUUUGCUUAAGAAGUGUCUCUCGUUCAAUCAAGACUCUGAGUGCAGGUCAUUUUUUGACUGAAAAGGCUGCCAUUUCUCUAUUUCAGCUUCUCUCUGAUCAUUCUACUAAUGUCCAGGUUGCAGCCCUUGGUGUCAUCAGUAACAUAGCGAUUGGCUUUUCAUUGCAUAAGUCAGUAUUCAUGCAAUAUGGAGGCAUUAAAGAGCUUGUGCAAUUGACAAAGUCUAUGGAUUCAUCUCUAAGGCUAAAUGCUAUAUGGGCCUUGAGGAACAUGGUAUUCCACGCAGAUAAAAUAUGCAAGGAAGUAAUUUUUGUGGAAUUGACAGCAUCAGCAAUCGCUAGCCUUAUCUGUGAUCCUGAGCCUUCUGUUCAAGAACAAACUAUGGGCCUUGUCCGCAAUUUUGUUCACGGAUGUAUAUACUCUGUUGAAUAUGCUUUUGCUGAAGAUGGUAUCAUACUAGAUGCUAUUUUAAGGCAAUUACAAAAAUCUUCAAAAGUUGAAAUUGGUAUACAGGGGAUGUAUGUAUUCGUCAAUAUUGCUAGCGGAAAUGAGUUUCAUAAGGAAUCUGUAAUGCAGCUACUUUUUCCUCAAGCAGAGAAUGAGUCUCACUCUUUUUUCAACCAGUUUCUGCAGAGCAAUAACUGGCAUUUACGCUCAGCUUCUAUUUGGGUUAUAGUUAAUCUCACUCUUCCUGAAAGUCCCGAUGCAUUUGGUCGAAUUAUGAUUUUGCGUAGGCUUGGCAUAGUUUCUCAAAUACAGAGGAUGGUCAAUGAUUUUCACAUGGAUGUGAAGCUUCGUGCGAGACAUGCACUUGGGCAGAUUAUUACUUUUGGUGAUAGCUAAAUCUAAUCAAAUCCUUGGAUACAAUCCCUUUGGCACAGGCAAAGAUGGGAGAUUUCAGUAGAAAUUGUUUUCUUUUGUAUUCACAUCUUAUGUAUGUUGCAUCCUGCAUUCAAAAUCAGCUUUCAAUAUGGUGUAUCAAGUUGCAUUAGUUUUUCUUUUUUAACCAGUCAGAGCAGUGUGAAAGCUUUCUGAUUCCAUAAGCACUCCUGAUCAGGUUACUUUCAGAAUCUCAUUUUCUUAACUGCACACAAUAUUAUGUGCUACUUUUUGUAAAUCAGAGGAUCAAUGUAGAUUUACAGGCUUAGUGUUGUAAGAUAUGAGUAGUAAAUGUAUAGUUUAGAACUCAGCUUCAACUUCAUUCUGGUUUAGGCAUACUGACAAUUAAGGGAAUACUGUAUAUGUAAGCACCAUAUAAAGGGUAGGGGUUGGGAUAUUUCUGGCAGUGAUGGAUGCCUUGUAAACUUCUGUCUUUCUGAUUCUUAAAUUAUUUGAGCUCUGAUCCAAAAGCUGGAAAAGCCCUGAGCCCACUUGGUUUCAACAAUGCUUCUUAGUUGUUUCUCAUGAAUGCUAUAUUCCAAAUAAUUUGUUAGGCAAUGUUUUGAGAAAGGAAGCAUAGUCUUUUUUUA